UUUUUUUUUUUUUUUUUAAAUUUUUUUUUCUUUUUUUUUAAUUAAUAGCGAGGCCGCUCCCCCCUCCCUGGAGGAGCUGUGAAUUGCGCGGAGCUCCGCUCCUCUCCUCCCUUCCGCCCUUCUUCACUCCAGCCCCGCUGGGUUGAAACUCUUCAGCAUUGGGAGGGGUUGGCGGGGGGGGGAUGAUGGAUAGAUAGAUGGAUGGUGGGAGGAGGAGGGAAAGGGAGGUGAAGGAAGGGAAGGAAGAAGGAGAAGGGGUGCUGCGGUUUGUCCGUCCGUCCGUCUCCCCGCGCUGCAGUGCGGGGCUGGAUCCCCCCGAGGAUCCCGGCCGGCCGGUCGGUGGCUGGGCGGGUGAGUCGGUGGGUGCCCGCGCGUCCCCGGCGGCAGCGGGCUCACACCAUGUCGCGGCGGCGGCGGCAGGAGCGGCGCCGGUGCCGGCAGCCUCUGGCAGCCUCACGAUGCGCCCCGCUCCCUGGCAUGGCACGGCACGGCUCGGCCCGGCCGGCGGCGCUCACGCCGGGAGCCGGCAGUGGCAGCCGCGGCCCCGCUCUCGCAUGGGGGGGCGGCUCACGCCCAGCGCCGCGGCGGAGCCCCCGCCGCCUCCGAGCCCUCCCCGCGGCGCUGCCCUCGCAUCAAACGGCGCCGGGCACCGGCGGGCAGCGGCUGCGCGUCCCGGCGGCGGCGGGGCAGGGGCGCGGGGCUGGAGCGGGGUGCUGCGAGCCAGACAAAGAUAGCCGGGGAGAGGAGGAGGAGGAGGAGGAGAAGGAGGAGGAGAAAAAAUAUACUGCGAGCGGAGAGAGAGAGAGAGAAGAGAACAGCUCCCCCUUCCCUUCUCCAACAGGAAAAACCGGCGGAAACGCGCCCGCACCAGAGCACUGCUGGAUUGGCUGUUUACUUUCUGGAUUCAUACAUGCUUGUGGCUCUCGCAGUGUCGUUUGGCAGGGAGUUCCAAAGGAUCCUGUUGCAACUACUUGUAUUGGAAGGAGCCACCACUACCCUUGCCUGGACUGUGAAGAACCAUGCUCUUCUGAAGGAUGUUCUCCACUCUGGCUCUGGAGUUGUAUUGCAUUGUGCACAGUACUAGGAAACCUUCAGCCUCUCUUUAAGAUCUGCAAGACAGAUAAAAAUGGAACUCUUAUUCUUGUGGAGAUCCUCAGCAAACAGCUACAGAAUGUAAAUGAUCAACAGCCAUGAUGGAACAUUAUUUCUGUUCUUGAAAUAAAUUCUUUUGCCCUAGAAGUGGGUCACAGUAUGGG